UUCAAUUACAUCCAGUUUUUUUAGCAUGGAGCUCCAAAAGUGGCCAGAAUGAAAUCAAAAUAAGAGAGGGUCACUUGGAAUGUAUGAAUUAUGGGGGUGUUUUCUGGUCACUGCUGUCUUUGGAUUCUUCUAAGAGGAACCUUUUAUUUGUUUGUUUUCAGUCCACGUGAGACUCACAGCAACUUCACCUUUAACAAGACACCAGGACUCAACAGGAACCAAGAGACUUCAACUCAGAAGUCCUGGGUGAUUCAGACCAGGAGUGUGAUUCAGAGCUCCAAACUACCCAUUAACCCCUCCAUCCUCUGGCCAAAGCAGGGACAAUGGGAAAUUCUUGGAAGCAACUCCCAGUCACAUCCCAGCCCAUCAGUAAACAUAAAGCUUCAGCCCAUCAUGAAAGUUAAUGGAAUAUCUAAAUUGUCUGGGGCAUUCAGCUGGGGGGACUUUUACUCAAACAUCAAGACAGUCAAACUGAAUUUGUUAAUCAUGGGUAAAAUUGUGGAUCAUGGUAAUGGCUCUCUUGGAGUCUACUUCCGCCACAACUCCACUGGUGUGGGCAAUGUGUCCGUCAGUCUUGUCCCACCUAUGAAAGGGGUGGAGUUCGACUUAGAGCGUCAAAGCGUAGUCAACCCCAAGGACUCAAAGACAUUCAACUGCAGGGUGGACUACGAGAAAACUGAGCGCAGCAAAAAGGUGAUGCUGUGCAACUAUGACCCAUCGAAGACAUGCGAUCAAGAACAAACCCAGACUCAGAUCACGUGGAUGUGCUCCAAACCUUUCCAGCUCAUCUGUGUCUAUGUGUCUUUCUACAGCACAGACUACAGGCUGGUACAGAAAGUCUGUCCAGACAACAGCUCCCCGAGUCCAGCCUUCCCACCCACAGGUUAACACAGGUGAGCUGAGAAAACUGGAAGAAGAUGUCUUGAUAAAUCCUCAAAGUUUGAGAUCUUUAAGUAGCUAAUAGCCCGACUGGUUUUUUUUAAAGAAAUGUCAAGUUUUUAAAUUUCUGAAACUAUGUUUUACCAAAUACUGUAAAUACUGUAAAACAUAUGUUUAUAGUUCACUAUCUUAUUUGCUGUUAGUUAAAAAAAAGUUGUAUUUGAUUACUUUUAUAGAAUGUGUCUAAGUAGGAGUGCGAGAUAACGGUCUGGUUUUCAUUUCUUUUCUUUUUUAUUUUUACACAAAGAUGCAAAAAUAGGAACAUAGUUCAGCAUUGCAGCAACAAUUUUAAAUAGAACAUCACUACAGGUGAAAAACUGUACAUUUGACUGACUUAAAGAUUUAUAGUAAUUACCAAUUAAUUUUAUCAGUCAAAUAACCCAAGUAGAAUCUCUGAACUUUUCUGAAUCUAACACAAUAAAUCCAAAAGGGCUAAAACUGUGUAUUGUUAUUCUUUAAUGUCUUGUUAGCAACACUAAAGUUUUCAAACGAUACUUGAUGAGGACCAUACUGAUGAAUUCCUGUGU